UCCAGUCAGGCAGAAGGGGCUGUAGAGUGGUAUGGCAUAGGGGCUUUAGACAAGCCAACAGCAGUCAGGAAAUCAUGAAAUCAGCAGAGCAGAGGGACAAUGACAUGGAGAUUAGAGAUAAGUUAACCCCUUUCUCUGCGUAGCUGGCCUCUAUGCUCACUCACUGUGACUUCCUGCUUUUUACAAAGGCACACACACGCUAUGGCACAAUCUCAAAAACAAUUUGUUGCACUACACAAAUUCUACUACUCUCACCCUUUCCCUCUUAAACACACUAUGCCCUGGGCAGCAGUUGUAUAAUUCUGGCUAUCUCAGGAUCAGUAACUUAAUCAGCAGCUUCAAGGCUGCGCCCACUCUCUUCAACAGGUAAACAGAGCUGCCGUCAAGUAUGCGACAGGACUUGCGUUGACACUCCUGACUAAACGACCAACUCGCAUCGCAAUUUGGAUUAUAUCAUCUGAUGGCUGGGAAUAAACAUCCAAUGGAAUAAGCAUAUCGUGAAGCAACAAAUACGCUUUUACCUGCAGACUUUGAUGUGCUUGGACUCUGACCUAACCUGGUUCAUCACUCAUCCAAAGAUUUUCAACUACAUCUGUGUAAAUCCACAGUGAAAGAGAUGUUGGCACAGCUAUGGACGAGUGAAGAAAAGAUAAAAGCUCAAAUGGACUGAAAAUCAAAAGAUGUCAAUGAUUUACCAUUUAAGUGUGAAAUACUGAACAAAGGAAUACAUACAAAAGGCUUCAAGGACAUCUGAGAUCAGCUUAAUCAGAUAUAUAAAAACAUUCAAACCCUCAUUAAAGACUGUCAAGAUGCCACUUAAAGCAUCCUUACACAGAAAACCAACCUCCAGCCGUUGGUCAAGCAGAAUAUCAAAGCGCAGAGAGGUGCUCUCGGUCAACAUGAUCAGUCUACCAUUGGCUGAUUUCCGUCAUAUUUCACAUAUUGGAAAUGACGUCAACAGAGACAGUUUUGGAGACCUAUCUUUUUUAAAAAUGAGCCACAAUCUUCUUUUACAAAGCUCCCUAAGUGAGCAAAACCUUUUCUUGGCCUGCUCUCCGCCACCAAAGCCCCCACGUCUGAAUAUGGAAGCAGAGGGAUCCGAGAGCCUGGACUGGUCUGUGGGCCGCCAAGAAAAUACAGGUCAGAAGAGGAAAAAAUGCAGCUCUAUGCCACUGCUGGACAGCGAGGGAGGAGAGGAAGGCGAUGAAGGAAAUUUAGAGAUGGGAGAACGGUACCAAAAAGAAACGAACAUUGGGACUAAUCAGUCCUGCAGCGCUGGAUGGGACAACCUAAGUAGGGACAGGGAUGGAAAUUCCACAGUAACCAGUGACAACCUGGAAGUGCAACAGAAAGAGGAAGACAAUAGCUUUUCCUUUAGCCUCGACCUGGGUCCUUCCAUCUUGGAUGAUGUUCUACAAGUGAUGGACAAAAUACUAUAAUAAAUAAGUUUUGAUGCAGUACAAGGACAAAAUAUUACACGGGACUGAUCAAACUCCAGCCAUGCAUUUUAAUCAGCAUUAUCUUUUCAUUGAGUUAUACAUUUUAUAAAUCAGAGUUUGCAACUUAAAGGAAAAGCAAGUGAAUGAACAAGAAAUACUGAUAAAUUAGCAGACAAUUGCACAACAACAACAAGGCGCACCAUAGAUGUGUUAAUCUUAUGGAAUUUUGCUUCAAAUUUUCCUACAUGAGUUAGUGAUUGAAUGUUCAACUUUGAAUAAUACAUUUUCACCUUUCCUUUUUUUCAUUGCUAUUGGUAUACCCCCAAACCACAUUGUACAAUACUUGACGGCUGUUAUGGCUUAAGUAGUGCAGUAUUUAAGAAACGAAAAGCUGUGACUGGAAUCCAAGGUCCUCGAGCUGGGAUGGCUUGGCUCUUAGCGUGCUUGCCAAUUUGUUGUGUGUAAAGGGCAAUUUCUUCUCCGCACACAUCUCAGAGGCCCCUCUUAAAAGGUACACCAAGGUGCCCUGUAUCUCUCACUUCCAACAAUGUAGUGAAAACAAACACUAAACUCUGUUUCCAAUAAAAUCCAUCCAUACCCAGUGGUGGCAGGAUUUGCUACAAACCAAGACCUCAAAAGAGGAAAAAUAUCACUAGCUGUUUUCUUAGCUGCAAACAUAGUCCAAUGUAAUAGUGAAUGGCACACAAGAGGGAAAGUGGUAAAUAGUAAAGUGAUACUUCUAUAUGUGCAGGGGGUGUCGAGGGAAGACAACCAGAGACACUAGUUACAACUGCAGAUGAUGAGGAUUUAAACACAACCUUUUGACCAAAAAAACCUCCAUCAGGUGAAAAAUAUAUGACUAUAUGUCAUAUUCUAAAGACACUUUUGCCCACAUAUAAAAGGGAAGAGCACAUAUACAAAUGUGGACACAAAUGGAAUGAAGAAGAGACUAUAAAGCCUCAGUCAGUUUCUUAGACGUUUUCAAGGAAGGCUGGGGGGUAAAGCCACAAUGAUCACAUAGCAAAGUGCCACACAGAUAUGUACAAACCACCAAGUGUACCGCUGCUAGGAAAUUGGCUUAGAACUCUAUGCAUGUCCAACUGAAACAGCAAUGUUGUGGGAGAGUCUGCACUAUAUUGGUUUUGGAUCAUUCACUAUUUUAAACUACAUGUCAUUGUUCCUGAUUGCUAUUAUUCUAAAUCAGAAAACACAUGAAAAAAAUGUACUGUUUUGCAUUUUUGGAGAAGUAAACAAAUGCAUAAUUCAAAAUCCAAGGCUUAUGGUUUUGUGGUGGAACUACCGUUGUCAACACUUACAUCAGUGGUCUUUGGUGGCUAUGACUUAUCCAAGAUUUUGAAAAGGAAGCCAAGUAAAGAGAUAAGUCUUUAGCACUUUUCCCAUUGCCUGUAAAAGUGGUCUUUUUUCAGCAUUUCUCAAUGCAGCUGUUCUGUACAAACGGCACUGACACCAGAUUUGGGGACAAAGUCGACCUGACAAUUUUAUUUACUAGGAUGUGAGAUGCCAUUUCUCUAUGAAGGCCUGGUUUGCCACCAGACUUUAACGCCAAUGCCCUGUUAUGUUAAAAGCAGUCAUCUAUCCAACAAGAAUGGCACUGAAAUAAAAAAUCAUAUCUUGUUA